AUGUCAGGCCUCGAAAAGGCUCUCUUCAACCUCAAGGUCCCCAUCCCUCAGUCAUCUUCCGCCCACGUCCACCCCACUAACACCAUCCUCCCUCACAGUNUCACAGCCAAACAACUCAAUCGCCAGUCCGCCAAAGCCGGCAAAGACGAAAACGCCGAAAAGGCAAAACUGAAAAAGGCCAUCCAGCAAAACCACGGCGACAUUGCCAAAAUCUACGCCCAGAAUGCCAUUCGCAAGCAAAACGAGAAGCUGAACUUGUUGCGCUUGGCCUCGAGGAUCGAUGCUGUCGCUAGUAGAGUGCAGACUGCGGUGACGAUGCGUCAAGUCACUGGUAGCAUGGCGAACGUGGUAAAAGGCAUGGAUGGAGCCAUGAAGGCCAUGGAUCUGGAAAAGAAGGACUCUACAGNNAUCUCAGCCGUCAUGGACAAAUUCGAGACUCAAUUCGAGGACUUGGAUGUCGCGACCGGAUACUACGAGAACGCUACCUCCAGCGCUACUGCUGUAGGCACACCCCAGGAAGACGUCGACAGACUGAUGUCACAAGUCGCCGACGAAGCUGGUGUCGAACUCAACCAAGAGAUGGCCGGCGCAACUCCUGCACAGGGCAUCAAGGCCCCCGCCAACCCUACCGAAGUUGAAGAAGACAACCUGGGCGAGAGAUUGAGAGCUCUAAGAAGCUAG